UAGUUCGUUGUUAGUUUCUGGUAACCUUGUAAAUUUCGUUUGUGUACGCGAAACAGAAGAAUUUUCAUAAAAAAGGCCUUGUUUUUAGCCUUUUCCCUUAAAUUAUUUAUAUUUUGAAAUCUAACAAACUAUCUUAUAAUUCAAAAUAAUAUAUUCCAAGAAUGGCUGAUGAAGAGCAAGAAAUGACAUAUGAUGACCACGAAUUGAUAGAAGAGCUUGAACAAAACAUCAGUACAAAUCCAGCAAAUAAUAACAUCGAAAACAACAGCGAUGAACCUAAACCAAAAAAAAGAGUACAUAAGACAUUGGGAGAAUUGCGCCAACCGAGGCAAAAGUAUUGUCCCCGUUGGCAACUUGAAUUUCCUUGGCUGAGACCAAAUCGUGCCGAUGAAUCAAUCGGAUAUUGUAGUAUAUGCCGAAGGGAGUUGGUGUGUAAAAAAAGUCAUUUAGAACGACACCAAAGAUCCUUUAAGCAUAUGCGUCUUCAAGGGUUUGAAAAUGUUUUUACCGUUAAUGAACCGGAGGCGGAUCUAAUUGAGGCACACACAUCAGGAUAUUUGGACAAUGACAUGAAUCAAGACUAUCAAGUUGAGGAAAUGCUGGAAGAAUUAGAUGAAGGAUAUACAACAAUCAAGGUUGAACCAACAAGACCCUCGUCUUUAAGUAGUCCGGUUUUGGUAAAAAAAAAGUAUAACACCAAAACUCCUCCAAAGAAACGUGCUACAGUAAAAAAUGAACCCAGACGAUCAUCUCCGUCACUACAAACAACUGUUGAAAGAUCUCCACAGAAUUCAACUGCACAUUUUAAAAGUAUGGAAUACGACAGAAGGGGAGACUAUUAUUAUUCAGCGCCCUCCCCGCCCAAAAAGGACAGUUUCGAUCUAUUUUUCGACUCAAUUAGUGCGACUGUUAAAAAUCUGCCACCGAAAUUAGCGGCAGAAGUUAAAAGUAAAGUGUCACAAGUAAUUGCCGAAUUUGAACUUAGAGCUAUUUGCGAACAAGAAGCCCAAGACAAAGCACAACAACAAACGAUUGUUACUAUACCCACUCAAGUGGCAAGUGUGGUCACAGUUGAUCCAUCCAUAAAUAGUGAUCACAAUGAACAGCAGACCGUUGAUGGCGUUACUCACUACGUUUAUGCAUAUCAACCAAAAAUACAAGAGUAGUAUUUUUAAUAUUACAACAAAAAUCACUAUACAUUAAAAUAAAAUAUUGCAUGUAUGUACGUUAUUUUUUAAUAAAACGUGUAAAGACAGGUCCACCAUAGAAUAUUUGGUUGAAAACGGACCAGCUUACGAAUGGAUAACACUAAACCAAAAUAUUUUUGUUCAUAUCAUGACAUCCAACGUAUAUUUAUUUUUAAUGUACGUAGUAAAAUUUAUGACAAAUUUGCAUUGAAAAUUCAUUGCACUGCAUACACAAUUUGAUUAGGACUUGCAUUUAAAAAUAAGUAGAUAAUAAGUUUAUACAAUAAAUUAAAAUUAAAUAA